AUGGACGAGGCGGAGGACGGCGAGGAGGAGCCCAAAUUCCAGCAGCCUCGACCGCCUCGAGUGGCCAGCCUGGUCGGAUGCGAGGAGCAUGGGAGCAGCGGAGGGGCCAAGAUGAAGAAAUUUACGCCAGGAGGCGGAGCCGCGUCCGUUGCGCGCAAAAACUCCAACAACAAUGAGCUGUGGCUCCUGCAGGACGAGGACUCCGCACCUGUCAGCGCCAGCGGCAGCUCAGCCUCUGCUCUGCUGUGCCAGAGGGAUGCUGCCGGCGGCUCAGAGGCGGACCACAGAGGUGGAGGGGACACCGUCUCAGAGGCAGGCGUGAUCGCAGCGGGAGCCAUCGGCAUGAUAUGCAACAAAAACGGAGACUGUAGAAGGGACCCGACCAGUUCUGGGAGCCUCUCCUCUCUCAUCUCAAGGCAGGAGAAGCAGGCAGAUGGAGUAGGAGCAGCAGCUGAAGACGGCAAGGCUGCAGUCAUGGACGGCUCUGUCACUUCAGCGGGGCCCCUGACACAGGGGCCGGGGGCCGAGGUCAAGACCGCGGCAGCGAUGGAGAAAAAGGACUCCAGAGUCUCCUUCUCCAACGCCCCGACUAGUAAAGGACAGACCCCAAGCCAGCAGUCGCGAAACUCUGUCACAUUUUCCAAAGCCGAGGAUGGCUCUCAGAUAGUGCCGGAUGAUGGAGACUCGAGAGGGAAUCAGACUUACAUGCAGCGGCAGUUCAGCUCCAUGCUCCAGCCCGGAGUUAACAAGUUCUCCCUGCGCAUGUUCGGCAGCCAGAAGGCGGUGGAGAAAGAACAGGAGCGCGUAAAGUCAGCGGGUAACUGGAUUAUCCACCCAUACAGCGACUUCAGGUUCUACUGGGACUUCACCAUGCUGAUGUUCAUGGUGGGCAACCUGAUCAUCAUCCCCGUGGGCAUCACCUUCUUCAAGGACGAGACCACCACGCCCUGGAUCAUCUUCAACGUGGUGUCCGACACCUUCUUCCUCAUGGACCUGGUGCUGAACUUCAGGACGGGCAUCGUGUUCGAGGACAACACCGAGAUCAUCCUCGACCCCGACAAGAUUAAGAAGAAGUACCUGAAGACCUGGUUCGUGGUGGACUUUGUCUCUUCCAUACCUGUGGAUUAUAUCUUCCUCAUCGUGGAGAAAGGGAUCGACUCGGAGGUGUACAAGACGGCCCGGGCGCUCCGCAUCGUCCGCUUCACGAAGAUCCUCAGCCUGCUGCGGCUGCUGAGGCUGUCCAGGCUCAUCCGUUACAUCCACCAAUGGGAGGAGAUCUUCCACAUGACCUAUGACCUGGCCAGCGCUGUGAUGCGAAUAUUCAACCUGAUUGGUAUGAUGCUGCUGCUGUGUCACUGGGAUGGAUGUCUUCAGUUCCUGGUUCCCAUGCUGCAGGACUUUCCGUCUGACUGCUGGGUCUCCCUCAACAAGAUGGUGAAUGACUCAUGGAGCGAGCUCUACUCCUUCGCCCUCUUUAAAGCCAUGAGCCACAUGCUGUGCAUUGGCUACGGAAGACAAGCCCCAGAGAGCAUGUCGGACAUCUGGCUGACCAUGCUCAGUAUGAUCGUCGGAGCCACCUGCUACGCCAUGUUCAUCGGCCACGCAACCGCACUCAUCCAGUCUCUGGACUCAUCCCGACGGCAAUACCAAGAAAAGUACAAACAAGUGGAGCAGUACAUGUCCUUCCACAAACUGCCGGCCGACUUCCGACAGAAAAUCCACGACUACUACGAGCACAGAUACCAGGGCAAGAUGUUUGAUGAGGAGAGCAUCCUGGAGGAGCUUAAUGAGCCUCUGCGCGAGGAAAUCGUCAACUUCAACUGCCGGAAGCUGGUGGCCUCCAUGCCCCUGUUCGCCAACGCCGAUCCCAACUUUGUGACGGCCAUGCUGACAAAACUGAGAUUUGAAGUCUUCCAGCCCAGAGACUACAUCGUCAGAGAGGGCACCAUCGGCAAGAAGAUGUUCUUCAUCCAGCACGGGGUGGUCAGCGUCCUGACCAAAGGAAACAUGGGCAUGAAGCUGAUGGACGGCUCCUACUUUGGAGAGAUCUGUCUGCUGACCCGCGGCAGACGGACGGCCAGUGUGCGAGCGGACACCUACUGUCGUCUGUACUCGCUCUCUGUGGACAAUUUCAAUGAGGUGCUGGAGGAGUAUCCCAUGAUGAGGAGGGCCUUUGAGACGGUUGCCAUUGACAGAUUGGACAGGAUAGGGAAGAAGAACUCGAUCCUGAUGCACAAAGUUCAGCAUGAUCUGAACUCAGGUGUUUUCAAUAACCGCGAGAAUGAGAUGAUCCAGGAGAUAGUUAAAUACGAUCGGGAGAUGGUUCAGCAAGUUGAUGUUCCGCGACCGCGGGCCAUGUCCAUGACGCCUCCUCUGCAUGGUGGGAUCUUUACUCAUCCAGGUUCCUCCACCCAGCCCCAGAAUUCAGCAAUUGCCACUCUGCAGCAGGCCGUAGCCAUGAACUUCUGUCCCCCCAUGCAAGGGAACUCAGUAGGAUCAGGGAACCUGCAGUCCCCCAGGAUGUUGAGGAGAUUCCAGGUGAUCGAAAGUGCAUCCAGCCCUGUCUCAGCCUCCCCACUGCAGUCUCAGCUCCUUGCUUCUGGUGCCUUUGCUCCCAUCCUGUCCAGCCCCCCUGUGCAGAGCCCGCUGACAGUUGGAGGACGAUCAUUUCAGUAUGGAUCCAGUGCCCUAGCUGGUCCCACCUCAGGCUCCCAGCUUUCUCUUGCCCAGCAGCACAUAGUCAGCCCUGCACACCGGCCCAGCACACAUAAGAGUACCCAUUCCUUGCAAAUGGGCAGUCUUAGCCAAGACGCCAGGUCAAUGUCAGCCUCUCAGCCCUCACUGCCUCAUGAGGGGGUGCAACCAGGUGCCCCCAGUCCACCCCAGUCUACACGAGUCUCCUCCACUUCCAUUGGACCCCCUCAGACCGCAUCAGGUCACACAGGCGUCCGGGGCGGUAUACCACCUAGGGUGGUACUACCCCACCAGAUGUCUGUGGGCGCCUUCCCUGUAGCAUCCCUCCCUGGAUCUGUCCAGGGUUUUGGGGCUGGUGCAGGGCUGGCAGUAGGGGGCGCGGGAACAGGGCUGGGGGACUCGGGACUACCCAAAAAGGACUCUAUAGUGAGCAUCCCUGAGACAGACCACAUCAAAGUCAGAGCCAGGCUAUCCUCAAACUUGUGA